CAAAGACUUCAAUCUCCAUGUUCAAGACAUCUACGGUCCUCUCGCUCUGUAUACUGGCAAUCCUUAGCAACUUGGUGACAGCUUGGUACGGCACGGUGACCUUCUACUCUGACGUGUACUUCGAAGGGCCGAAAUACCCGUGGGGCAUCUCGAAGACCCAGCGGUGCUACAACCUCGCUUGCUGGGACAACCGAGCGUCGUCUGUCAAGUGGGAAGGGCUACCUACGAAAGGAAACUUCAACGGCAAGUCGCGUAUCGCCUUCUUUACCGGCAAAGAUUGCACGGGUGACAGUCGGGACUGGCCUACAGAUGGAUACAUCAACGACAAGAAGGGGAACUACCCCCAGGACUUCACGCUGGACAAGAUCAACGACGCAGUCUCGUCGUUCAUCAUUUGGGAGUCCAGCAAGAAGGUCUCGAACGGUAAAGACACGCCGUGUCCGUGGGGAACAAGUUGAUCUCUAUUAAGGAGCACAUUUUCUGUUUAGCUACGCAUAACAGCAAAGUACAAUUGACAUUUCGUUCG